AAACAGCUUACAUACAAAAUGAUAGGGUGGGAUGACAUUUACAAGGUAGUAAUUGCAAUGUUUCCACUUUACGUAGCACUAAUUUUAGGCUAUGGCUCAGUGAAAUGGUGGCAUAUGUUCAAGCCUGACCAUUGUGAUUCAAUAAAUAGGCUCAAUUGUUACUUCAUCAUGCCUUUUUUCACAUUCGAAUUCACAACCUGCAUCGAUCCCUAUAAAUUCAAUUACCGUUUCGCAGUGGCUGACGCCAUCUCAAAAGUCAUUAUUCUAUUCGCAAUAUCGUUAUGGACUAAAUUCAGUAUUAACGGAAACUACCCUUGGUCGAUCACCACUUUCUCUUUGUCUACCUUGAAUAAUACCCUUAUUGUAGGUGUACCCCUUAUGAGAGCAAUGUAUGGAUCUCUUGGAGAGAACCUUGCAAUCCAAUCCUCAAUUUUGCAGUUUUUGUUCUGGAUUAUACUGUUGUUGUUGAUGUACGAAUUCCAAAGUGCGAAUAAAAGGUUGUGUUUGGAUGUUGAUCGUGAAAACGAUAAUAUUAGUGAAGAGGAGACGAUGACGGGUACCAAACCUUCUUCGUUGAUUUUAAUGAAGAUUGUCGGGCUAAAGCUUGCUAAGAACCCCAAUUCGUAUGCAUGCAUCCUUGGGCUAACGUGGGCUCUCGUAUCUAAUAGGUGGAAUUUUAAAAUGCCGACCAUCUUGGAAGGAUCUGUACUGAUCAUGUCUAGAGCUGGUUCAGGUGUGGCCAUGUUUUGCAUGGGACUGUUUAUGGCAUUGCAAGAUAAGAUAAUCGAGUGUGGUGUGACAUUAGCAGUUUUUGGUAUGCUACUGAGGUUUGUGGCAGCACCAGCAACAAUGGCUGUUGGUUCUCUUGUUGUGGGUUUGCAAGGGGAUGUCCUUUCUGUUGCCAUCAUUCAGGCUGCACUACCGCAAGCGAUUACGGCUUUUACAUAUGCCAAGGAAUAUGAUCUCCAUGCAAAUGUGCUGAGCACUGCGGUCAUAUUUGGCACAAUUUUGUCUAUACCGGUGUUGGUUGCAUACUACGUUGUGUUAGACGUCUUAAAUGUGUAACUAGAAAUAUAUAUAUCUUCACCUUAGCUCGUUAGUUCAUGUGUUAAUGACUUAAUUUUCUAAGAACAAGUGAUCAAUUCGUAUGUACCUACCUAAAACAGUAUUGAAACUUGG